AUUAAUAUAAUUUUGAUUUAUUUUUAUAUAAAAUAUAAUCAAAAAAUUUAAUUAAUUAUGACAGAUAAUAAUAGUAAUAAUAACAACAAUAAUAAUAUUACAUUUUCACCUUUUAUAUCAAUUCCUACAAUUCCUACAAAUCCAUCAUUAAAUACCACUUUUCCAUCAUCAUCAAGUGAUAUUUUUUUAUCUACUAAUACUACUACUACUACUACUAUAACACCAUCACCAUUAGAAUCAUUGACGAUAACAAGUUUAUCAACUUUAGAAUCAUUAAUAGAAUCUAGUGGAGAAUUAUUUAAUUCAUUAUUAGAUUAUUCUUCUUCACCUUUAAUAAAUAAAGAAGGUAAUAGUGGUGAUAAAAAUAAUAAUAAUAAUAAUAAUGAAGAAGAAGAAAAAAAACGACAAAAAGUUAUAUUAUGUUAUGAAAUUUAUAAAAAUCAUGAAAAAGAAUUGAAAGAAAAUAUUGAUAAUAUGGAACUUCAAAGAAAGAAGGAGAUUGAAAAAAAAGAUGAGGUUAAAACCGAAAGUUCAACGAGUAAUACUGCAAUUAAUGAAUUGAUUAAAACUCGUGAUUCACUAUUACAGGAAUCUGAUACCCAAAAAACUCAUUUAACAAAUUUAUUGGAACAAACUUAUAAAUUACAAUUUCAAAUACAAACAUUAUUAGCAUGUAGUGAACAACAACAUGUUAUUUUACCUACUCAACCUGAACAACAACAGCAACAGCAGCAACAACAAGAAGGAGGAGAAGGAGGAGGAGGAGAAGAAAUUGAAAUGAAAAUAGAACCAUAAAAUUCGUGAUUUUAUGGUUAUACAUUGUUGAACCAAUAAAAUAGAAAUUGAGAUUUCAAUCGUGAUAUAUUAUCUACUUUGUGAGGCUUUAGGUUUUAAGAUAGGUUUCAUGGCUGGAUCAUUUUUGCAUAUAGAUGUGUAUAUAUAUAUAUAAUUUUCUUAUGUGUCAAAUAAAAUAAAAAUUUUUAGAACUCUAGAUUAAUGGGAUAUUAUUUAAGUUUUUCAUGGCUGAAUCAAUAAUAAGAUUCUUGCACUGCACAUAGUAUAUAAAUUUUCUUUAAUGUAUCAAAUAAAGUAAAAUUUUUUAGAGCUUUAGAUUGAUCUAUUUAAGCAUUGUCUUUUACGUUCG